GAUCGAUCAAAUCUUCCUCCGUGGAAACACUCCCCUCUGCUCCGCCCCCUACCAGAUGAUCAGGGUCCUACGGAAAGCCUGUCGAGCCUGCACCGCUGCCAAACGGCGAUGCAUCGUGCAACUGCCUCAGUGUUCCCGGUGCCGGACCCGGCAGAUCGACUGUGUCUACGACCUCGAACCAUUGGUGGGCAGUACUUCAAGGCCCAGUAACACCCUCACCGGAACGGUCGCCGGUGACGAUGGUGACCCCCGGGACAAUUCGAAGUUCCUUCGUUACGUUUCAUCUUUACACAUGGAUCCAAAAAGGGUCGCUCUCGAGUGUUAUCAGAGCCCAACCACUCAAUGCCCUGUCAUCUGGAAAAUUCCUAUAUCCGCCGAUUUCCUCACCGUCGAAUACGUGGCCCGUGAAUUGCUGGACAUGGCGAAUUCGGUGGCCUUGAGCCAGUCGGCGGCAUACAUACACCCCCAAAGGAAGCCUCGGCCUCGGCCAGCACUUGUCGGACCAGACUUCGAGGUUACAAAUCGGAAGACUGUUGGUAGUGAUAUAACUCAGUGUACUAGGAUUUGCGACCUGCUAUGCGCACUAUACGAGUCUCGCGAGCCUCUGUCCGAGAUCUUACAAGCCUUUCAAAUCCUCCUCGGGCACGUAAUGCGCCUGCUUCUCUCCAGUCCCCAGAGCAUACCUCGCCACAAGGAGAAACUUCUUGGCCAUACAAGAAGGUUGGCGAUAAGGUUGGUCAAGGAAGCGCCCAGUAUGAUGCCGACCAACCUCUCUCGAUGGGAAGCAUGGAUCCUGGCAGAAAGCGUACGACGAGCAAUCUUGAUGAGCUGUCUCAUACAAGGCGUGUAUCACGGUCGGGCGCGAGGAUAUUGCUACCACGAGCUCUUCAUCCAAGCGCUGCCAUUCGACGUUCGCCCUGGGAUGUGGGCUGCUAGGUCCGAAAGAGAAUGGGAAGCGCUCUUGGAUGGCAGCAACAAUAAACAUGGUUUUGGGAGUCACGACGCGACGGACUUGGUUGCCUUUCACGAAUUCGCAUCUAGUUUUGCCAGAGCUCCGUUUGACCCAGGAGCUGAUACCUUCCAAAGGCUAUUGCUGAUGGCGCACCAUGGAAAGGCGCCCGUUGACAGGGUGCUGGGCGUGUGUUGAGAAGUCCUUCGCAGCUCCUGUCCAAGGUCGAGGAGUCAACGGCAUCCAAACAAUGAACAGCCGAGAGGGGCAUGUAUAUCAUGCUACGAAUCCGCCGUGCUAUGGCACUAUUUGCCGCUUGGGCAGUCUCAAGAUACCGCAGUACAUCCCGUUCGCUUUCGACUUCGUCGCCUCUUCCUGUGUAGUGCAUGAGCUCAUGUAGCCUUGUACCAUUACCCCGAUCGUCGCCAUUGUCUCUAGUCAGCUAUGCCUUGGUACCGUGGCACUA